AUGCGUUCAUUCUCCAUCUCCAGCAUUCGCGGAUCCUUCCGUCGUUCCUCAUCGCCUUCCUCCAUCAACUCCACCACAUCCACAAGCCGAGACUCAUACACCUCUCAAUCCUCCCACAGUCCCAUCAACACCAUCAAUUCCAUCAUGCAUCGUCAACCCUCGAUGCAAGAUCUGGAAGAGGAAAAGAAGAGUUUCGGAAGUGGAUUGGAGAUUAUGGAACCCAGACCGAUUGUUUACUGGGGAGGCAUGGAGGAGAGAUUAGGGAGAUUUUAG